UGGAGUUGCUGUGUCCAUAAUAAAGUUGAAGAAGUCUGUCCAUUCCAUCUUCGGAGUAUACCAGGAUCCGACUUCUCUCUUCUCCAGAGCCUGCUUGUGGCCAUCUCUUCCCUGAGCUGCCUGCUCGGAUUAUGCCUCUCUCCAAAAUGGAUAGCAUGUUUGACCUGAGUGCCGGCUCGUGGAAUCUUGCUGCCCAGGAUGAGAGUCAGAGCCCGAGCCAGGAUGAUCCAUCAUCCUCCGAGAACACUAGCAAGCGGUUGCCUGAGUACAAGGCCGUGGUGGUGGGUGCGAGUGGUGUGGGCAAGAGUGCACUAACCAUUCAACUGAACUACCAGUGUUUUGUGGAGGACCACGACCCCACCAUCCAGGAUUCCUAUUGGAAAGAGAUGACUCUGGGUGAUGGGGGCUGCGUUCUGAAUGUGCUGGACACGGCAGGGCAGGCUGCUCACAAGUCCCUGCUUAACCAGUGCCUGGAUGUUGGGGAUGGUGUACUGGGUGUUUUUGCCCUGGAUGACCCCUCAUCCCUAACCCAGCUGCAGCAGAUGCGGGCCACCUGGGGUUCCCGCUACACCCAGCCCCUAGUCCUUGUGGGCAACAAAUGUGAUCUAGUGACCAACACAGGAGAUGCUCACGCUGCUGCGGUGGCCCUUGCUAAGAGCUGGGGGGCCCCCUUUGUGGAGACCUCAGCCAAGACACGGCAGGGCGUGGAAGAGGCCUUUGCGCUGCUCAUCCAAGAGAUCCAAAGGUUCAAAGAGGCCAUGGCGAAGGAGGCUGCCAAAGGGCGUCGGGGGGCUAGGUCAGACCACCAGAAGAUUCAGUGCCACUGUGGCUGUUCUGUCUCCUGAUGUUCCCCAUCCAGUAGCUAGGCCCUCCUCCCCCAAGCCUAGCUUCAGGUACCUUCACCCCUAAGUGCUACUAGUCUGCUGGGGCUCAGUAGGA